GUGAUUCCUUCUCUGACAGGAAAAGAUUACCAUGGAGAAGUUGGCCGUCCUUCUGCUUCUGAGUGCUGCCAUUGCACUGGGCGACGCAAACCUGACCCAGCUGCUUGGUUUAGAACCCUUACUGAAGACUGAGGUGGAACAGACUCCUCCUGUCGGGGCUCAGGUAGCAGCAGUACAGCAGGGGACAAAGGAAAUGUCAUGUCCCUCAGACUGGCACCCAUAUGGAUCACGCUGUUUCAGGUUUGUCAGCAUUCCGCAGUCAUGGUCAGAUUCUGAGCAAAACUGUUUGGCACUUGGUGGAAACCUAGCAUCCGUGAAUAACCUUUUAGAGUACCAGUUCAUGCAAGCACUAACAAAGAAUACCAAUGGCCACUUACCUGAUACCUGGAUUGGAGGUUUUGAUGCAGUCAAGGAGGGCUUAUGGAUGUGGUCAGAUGGGUCCAGAUUUGACUACACUAACUGGAACACUGGUGAGCCCAAUAACGCUGGAGAAGGAGAGGACUGUCUGCAGAUGAACGCUGCAAGUGAGAAGCUCUGGUUCGACGUGCCCUGUGAGUGGAAGUUUACAUCUCUCUGUUCCAGAAGAAUGUAGGCUAGGAAAUGACCCAGCCACUUCAACUCUCACCUCCAGGGGUCAACUGUCUACUUCACCUCUCACCUCCAGGGGUCAACAGUCUACUUCACCUCUCACCUCCAGGGGUCAACAGUCUACUUCACCUCUCACCUCCAGGGGUCAACAGUCUACUUCACCUCUCACCUCCAGGGGUCAACAGUCUACUUCACCUCUCACCUCCAGGGGUCAACAGUCUACUUCACCUCUCACCUCCAGGGGUCAACAGUCUACACUUCAAUACUAAAAACCAAGAUCUGUCACUCACUGCAGCUCACCAUUACCUAAACUUGUGAUGAAACUGUGUGAUGUUGCUAAUCCUGCUUUUGAAAUUAAAGAUACAUGACUGAA